GCAACACCGUGUUCUGCAAAUUGCAGUUGCCAGGUUAGUUAGCCCCACUGCCCGUCAUGUCCGGGAUAUGUGCAAAAAUAUAUAGGAUGUCCAAACUGAAGUGGAUAAAAAUUUCACUUCUCUUUCUAAACUUCUUUUUCUGGGUUGCAGGCCUAACCUUAAUCUGUGCCGGUGCCUCAGUGGAGCUUAACCUCUAUGAUGUCUCUGUGGUGGUAUCAGAAGUCACUUCUAAUGUUGCUGUUGUUCUUAUUAUCGUUGGGAUAAUCAUUUUUGUUCUGUCCCUUAUUGGCUGUGUUUCAGUAAUCAGGGAGAACAGUAAAUUGAUUAAAGUGUUUUCCAUUGUGUUGUUCAUCAUGUUUAUUGUGGAAAUAGGAGCUGGAGUGUCAGCGUAUCUUUACAGGAAAGGAAUCCACAAAAGCAUAUUGGAUGUGUACUUGAAGACUCUUCAUAGUUACCCUACUGAACCUAAUCUCAAGGUACCUGUGGAUAGAUUGCAGAAACAGUUUCACUGCUGCGGUGCUGUGAUAUAUUCAGACUGGUUCAACACCACCCUGAGAAAUGCUGUUCCAGACAGCUGCUGUAUGAAAGAGACACCACACUGUGGGACCUCCAUCAACGAGACAACUAAUAUUUAUACACAGGGAUGCAUUGAUAAGAUUGGAUCAUGGAUUCAUGAGCACAGCAUCCUUAUUGGAGGGAUAGGAGUUGGCUUUGGUGUUGCACAGGUUGCCGGAGUAGUUUUUUGUUUCCUCUUGGUGAAACAUCUUGAAGCAGAAUAUGAAGUAAUGUAAUUGUGGAUGACCUGUGAGGUAUUACAAUAAAAAUGAACGUUAACAUUUCUU